AUGGCAACUCAAGACGUCCCUAUUCAUGCCGGCAGCAGUGGCACCAAAGUUACCACCGAUCCUCGCACACAACAGCGCAUCGAAGAACCGUCUGGCCCUAUUACCAAUGACUCACUUGCCGCCGAGUCCAUCCGCGAAGGUGGCGGCUUCUCUGGCAACCGUGGCGCUGAGCCCAUGGGCGUCUCAGGAAACCAAUCCACAGUAACUAACACCAACAUCUCCUCAUCCAUCAAGCUUCCCUCCGCCCAAUACGGUGCUCAGCGCCAGGACCGUCACGAGGAACAGAAGUACCCCGAAUGCGUGGUCGGCCAAGGCAACUUCCCUGGCACACACAUGGACAACUCUGGGUACUGGGGUGGCUCAACUGCAGCCAAGAGAGAGAUGGGCAUCAAGGCUGGCGAAUAUUCUGCCGCCAGCGGCAGUGGAGGUGCCAGUCAGACUACCGACGCGGCCGACAUUCAAGCGGGUGGAUUGCCCUCCGACGAUGCGAGGAAUGUUAGCUUCGACUCGGAAAUUGGCACCGACCAGGACCCUGGCCGUGAUGCUAUCAGGCAGUUCCAGCAUGGCAAUAACCACUCUGCUCAUGAGUCUGCCCGACCCCAUCAGAAGGGCGUGGAUACUUAUACUAUAUAUGAGCACCUGCAGAGUGACCAGCGCGCUUAA